GAAGAGGGCGAGCCAAGAUGAAAUAAUUAGACCCCUCUUGUGAGACGGUCCCGCUGCGUUAAGCAUCGGUGGAUCGCCAGUCUGAUCCUUUUAUUUUUGAGACAGCUGUCUGUCCGAGGCAGAUCCGCAGAGCACCAGCGGCGGCAAUUUCGUAAAAUAACCACAUUUUAAAAUGACUACUUUCGGCUACAAGCAGCGGCUUUUUCCAGUGAGACCCCGGAUAUCGAUGCUUUUUUCUUUGUGCUGCGUUCUCCUAAGACAAGAGACACAAGCGAUAUCACUGGAGGACUGCUGCAAAGAUGGACACCAACGAGGGGCUCAGAGAGAGGACUGCACCUCUCUUCCUCUCAUCUCUGAGACCAAUGGCUGUAGGAUUGUUCAGGAGCAGUGCUGUACAGCCAAAUUGGAAGACAUAUUCUGCAACCAGGGCAUAGACAUGGCCAAGGACCAGGGGGCCUGUGAAGCACUGCUGUCUGGAAGCUCCUGUGAGACCAAAACUGCCAGGAUGUGCUGUGACUGCUGCCUGCUAGGCCGGCUCUUGCAGGACCAAGGCCAGACAUGUACCUCCAGCCUUUUGGUGGCUCACCAGUGCAAGAUGGUGUCCCAAGCGUGCUGUAGCAAUGAGACCCCCGAGGACCAAAAUGGCACCACAUCAGACACUGGAGGCAACAGCGGGCCAGUCAGUGGAGUGAACAACCUGGCCCAGAGUGACUGGUGCAGAGCUGCCAGGUGCACCCAGCAUUGCCUGGGCAAUGGAACCUGUGGCUGCCGCAAAGGGUACAAAUUAAAAGCAGACGGCCGUAACUGUGAAGACAUCAAUGAGUGUUUGCUGGGAUCCCACAACUGUUUGCCUGGUGAGCGCUGCAUCAACACGGCCGGGCAUUACCGCUGCCUGCGGGAGAUGAGCUGUGGCACAGGGUAUGAGCUCACUGAAAGCAACAAGUGUGAAGACAUUAACGAGUGUGAGCUGGGGACCCAUAACUGUGGCCCACACCUGGAUUGUAAGAACCUGCAGGGGUCUUUCCGCUGUAUCCCACGCGAACAGUGUGGGGAGGGAUACAUCCAGGAGGCGCUUGGCAACUGCAUCGAUAUCAAUGAGUGCAUGAGCCUGGCAAUGCCCUGCCCCCCGGGACAGAUGUGCCUCAACACCGCAGGUUCCUACGAGUGCCAGAGGAACAACAUUAACUGCGGACGGGGAUACCACCUGAAUGAGGAGGGCACACGCUGUGUGGAUGUGGAUGAAUGUCAGGGACCUGAUGCACCCUGCAGUGGACAUGGAUGCAUUAACCUGGUGGGCUCAUUCCGCUGUGAGUGCCGUGUGGGCUACCUGUACAACAGCAUCACCCGAACCUGCGAGGACAACAACGAGUGCCGGCAUUAUCCUGGACGCCUUUGCGCACACAAAUGUGAGAAUACCCUGGGGUCCUACAAGUGUAGCUGCACGGCUGGCUUCAGACUAGCCACGGAUGGCAGGAACUGUGACGAUGUGAACGAGUGUGACAGUAAUCCUUGCAGUCAGGAGUGUGCCAAUGUGUAUGGCUCCUACCAGUGCUACUGUCGGCGUGGCUAUCAACUCAGUGAUACAGACGGGGUUAAUUGUGAAGACAUAGAUGAAUGUGCUCUCCCCACCGGAGGUCACAUCUGUGCUUACCGCUGCCACAACACCCCUGGAAGCUUCCUGUGUUCCUGCCCCUCGUUCGGGUACAGCCUAGCGCCCAACGGUCGGAGCUGCCAGGACAUUAACGAAUGUGUCGCCGGAACCCAUAGUUGCUCUGUGGCAGAGAGCUGUUUCAACAUACAGGGAGGUUUCCGGUGUUUGUCGUUUGAGUGUCCGUCCAACUACCGCCGUGCCGGGGAAGCCAGGUCUUGGGUUGACCGGUCCGACAUCAUCCGCUGCGUGAAGUCAUGCCAGCCCAAUGACAUCAGCUGCAUCCUGGACCCAGUGCACUCUGUGUCACACACUGUCAUCUCCAUGCCGACCUAUCGGGAGUUCAACAAGCCGGAAGAGAUCGUUUUCCUGAGGACCAUGCUGCCGGCCCACUUAGGCCAGACGAUGGCCAACCCUGACAUCGUUUUCGACAUCCUGGAGGGGAACACACAGAACUACUUUGACAUCAUUAAGCGCUAUGAGGAUAACAUGGCAGUGGGGGUUGUCCGUCAAGUGAAGCCCAUCGUUGGACCCCUAAACACCAUCCUGAAGUUGACCAUGAACUACGUAUUGUCUGGAGUUGUCUCCCACCGCAACAUGAUCAACGUGCAUGUCUUUGUCUCCGAGUUCUGGUUCUGAGCAGAGAACCUCUUCCUUACAAAUAUGCAGACACACCAUUUCCCCAUCACCCUCCAGUAUCAUCCCCCAUCCCCUUCACAGAUGUGGUUACUGUGACGACGAGAGCAUGAGACUGCUUGCACUCUGUGUUACACCGUCUCGCUACUGUUCACAACGGCGUGAGGAGACUCCUCCCCUUUUGCUGCUUACAUGAUACGACGGGACGCCGCACCUUGCACCUUCUCUUUGCAUGCCCCCUGCAGUGUACGUCUUCUGAGCGAGUUCAGAAAAUAGCCAGGGAAGGAGAAAUCAGGGGGAGGGACAGUGAUGCAAGAAUGCCCCCAUACCUAGGCUCCAGGGGGUGACGUGAAAAAAAAAAUGGUAAAGGGACAGAAAAGGGAAAGGCGAUGAAUAAAUGAAUGAAUGUUG